CCGCUCAGGCCGCGCCUCCCGCUGCCCCGCCGGCCGUGGUCUGCCCCUGCCACCCUCACGUAGCUCUGGUGGGGAAGGGCUCUCCUGGACUUGACCGCGUUCCUGUGAGUCCAGCCACGCUAGGAUGCCCCUCAGCGGUCGGUUCCCCAGGUCGGCCGGACCUGUUUGGGUAGAGGGCCCGGGUCAGCUGAGCCGGCUCCUCCUGAGCCGGCCGGGAGCCGAGGUCCCCUAAUAAGUGGGCCCCUGGACCCCCAGUCUGGAACCCCGGCCGUCCGCGAAGUUCCCGUUCAGCCAGGCGCCCCCAGCCGGCCUGCCCCAGCUCUGCAGCUCCCUGGCAGGCCAGAAGCCCUACCUGCCUCCUCCGCCCGGCCCCAUUGCCGCCCUCCCCCGUUGCAGCCUGCCGUGCCUCCCUCCCUCUUUGGGUCCGAAGCCUUGCGCCUUAGUGUGCAGGUGGGCUCUUACCCACAACACAUGGUCGUGGCAUUUCCUGCCCAUUUAAAACUGUGCCACAUUAAAACAAAAAAUAAAGUUUCAGUUUGUGUACAAACUCCGACAUGUGAAUCCUGCUUUUGACAUUUAUUCUCGUGAAUUAAAUGAUUUCAGGGUUUCAGAAAUGCGUUUCCUGCACAAAAGGCAACCAUCCUAAGCUUUUUCAUUGAUAGGAGGAUGGGUGGGAAAAAAAUAUUGCCCAGUCCCUGCCCUGGGUGACCUCCCUUUUUUUGUUCUCUGCCAAGCCAAUCCCUGACUUGACGUCUUUUCGCUUGCGGCUACUCCCCACCCCCCUCAACCGGAGUGUGCAGUCACAAGCCUAUCUUGCCCUGCCCAUUACUCCCGCCCUUCAGUCUCCUAACCCUGUGGCGGCGGCAGCAUUCCCUGAUAAUCGAAGGCCGCCGUGGUGUCUGAAUUGCUAUACCAGUCAGCCCAAGGCUGCUCAGGUGCACCCCAAGUUGCUGAUGGCAGCUCUAGUAGUUUGGAUGGAAGUUUUGGUCCACCUGCGCGAAACGGAAUUCUCAAAGAGUUUUAAUUUGAUUCUAGGUAUUUGGAUGCCCCCAUUUCCUAGCACUGUUUGGGUUGGGACUGUCUUUAGCAGGCCUGAACGUAUCUUUAGACAUUCUUGCUAUUCAGUUUUAUUGCAACAGUUCGAAAAAGCUUUUUUAUCUGAACCAGUUUUCAUUUGGAGCUCUGAAAGUACACAGUGCUCAGCACCUGGUCUUGGUAAUCUCAUGCCCUCUCCUGCCAUCAAAGAUUAUUUAUGUAAACCUGAAGACAACAUCUACAGUAUUGAUUUCACCCGCUUCAAAAUUCGAGAUUUGGAGACAGGGACAGUGCUUUUUGAGAUCGCCAAACCUUGUGUUUCAGACCAGGAGGAGGAUGAGGAGGAAGGAGGUGGAGACAUAGACAACAGUGCAGGACGUUUUGUUCGUUACCAGUUCACACCGGCAUUUCUCCGCCUCCGGACGGUCGGGGCUACGGUGGAGUUCACAGUGGGAGACAAACCUGUGUCAAACUUCCGGAUGAUCGAACGGCACUAUUUCCGGGAACACUUGCUGAAAAACUUUGACUUUGAUUUUGGCUUCUGCAUCCCCAGCAGUAGGAACACUUGUGAACAUAUCUAUGAGUUUCCCCAGCUUUCGGAGGAUGUCAUUCGUCUGAUGAUUGAAAAUCCUUACGAGACCCGCUCUGACAGCUUCUACUUUGUUGACAACAAGCUGAUAAUGCACAACAAGGCUGAUUAUGCCUAUAACGGAGGCCAGUAAGUGCUGCAGGAGUAGACAGGGGAGGUGCUUUGCUGCGGCCACAAGAUCCUGGCACACAGGGGCGAUUGAAGCUGCAGUUUGUCAACACACAUCUGGAACCUGGCCCCAGGAAGCCAAGGCUGGGGUGGAAGUUUCCUGUGUGCCAAAGGAGGUGCCAGAUAGUGCUGUGUUUUCUUCCCCAGUAUUUUUUCUUCCCUUUUUUUCCCCCCUGUCCCUUAGGUCUCAGAGGUACUAUAGUAAAGUAAAAAGUUAGGAUAAAGCUCCUGGAAUCCAGAUAAAAAAAGUUUUAUUUUUCUGUAGUUCUGGCUGCCUGUUGGUUGUCUUGACAAACCCUUUGUCUCUCCAGGCAUAGCUGUGCCUGGUGAGAAGGCUCUGGCCAGGCCUACUGGCAGGUCUGCAGCUCUUGAGGUUCCUGGGUGCUGUGGGAAGCCGAGAGGUAGGCCUCUUCCAGGUAGCUCCUCCUCUUCCCUCUGGAGUUGCCAUCAGCACAGUCUGCCCUUGGUCUGUGCGAAGUCUUACGCCAACUGGAAGAAACUUGAAAGGGUCAUUGGUGGGAAGGUUCCAAGAGUGGAGGCACCAAGAGAUCCUUCAGGCUGCCAAACUGAAGGAUCUGCUUGUGGAGAGGCUGCUGCUUCAUCUCACCUCCAGGGUCCUCAGCCAGCCCUCCAGAGGAUAGACCAAGGUUUCAGCCUGGCAGUGCCUUCUGUUCUCAUUUUGGAGGACAGAUAAGCUUGCUCCGCUUCUGCUGGCUCCUCCCUUCUGAGUCUCUUAUGAAAUAGAACGUGUCAGCUCUGCUCACAGAACAGUAGUAUCUUGAGGCCAGAGAGCAAGACUUGAAUUUUGUUUAUUUCCAGACUUCGUUUGGGGAGGUUUUAUAAAAUGACUGGUGUUCCCAGCAUAUGUGAUAUGUGGUUAGACUUGUGAUUGUAUUAAUCAGCUUCCUGGGGCUAAUCUGGCUUAUGUUUGGGAGGAUAUGUUUAAAAAUCAGCCGCAGGUUUCUAACGGAGAGAUUUGACUUUUCUCUGCACUGCGCAGCCUGGAGGAUUGGCUUUUGAUGGGGAUUUGCCUCCAAAGCUCUUUGUAGAUUUCUGUUUUGGGGGGGUUUUCCUAUCUACCUUUCUACUGAAGUAGUUUCUGGAACUAUCCUGGUGGAUCAGAGCUACGUAAUGCAAUCUGAUCCUUCAAACUGUAGUUAGAAUUGUUUUAGGUAUUCAGAAAGGGUGAAAUAGGCUGAGGUGGCCUGUCAGAGUGAUGUCUUCUCAUAAAAGUUCCCUUGCACAUCUGUGGGCUGCUUUUGUCCUCAGACCCUUAGUGGACAGACUCCACGACCCUCUGAUGAGAUGAUUGAUAUGGUCAGGGUCCAGUUAACAUCAGUAGAAAAAUGUCCCUAGGAAAGACCCAGGUAUCUGGUAAGUGACUGUUAGGUGUAACAGUACCUGUGACAGGAGAGCUGCGUCCCAAAGUGCUUAGGAGAAAAGCUGUAUGGGGGCCAGGGACAAAAGAGACAGCACUUAGCCACAGAAGUUCCUGCAUAUCCACCACCAGAGCUGCUCCCUGUGUGGGCUCUGGAGUGAGUGGCCCUGAACCUUGACCCAGUGCUUUGUACCAGGCCAGAGUCUUGGCGAUGCCACAUGCUGACAGCUUUCUCACUGAGAAGGUCUUAGCUUACCCCCAUGUGUUGGCAUUGGACUCAGCCCUGAGAGAGGGAAGAGAUCAUGCACCCUGUGGAAUGGGUUUCUUAUCACCAGACCGGCCACACUCAGAACUGGCGUCCAUUGUAAAUCCAGGUGCCUUAUGUGUGGCUCUGUCCCUUAUGCUGCUGGGAAAAGCUGCAUAGCCAUUGUUCCCACCUCCUCAUUGGCAGAUGUCAGCACAGUUAGCACUGUCUCCCCACCUUCUGUUUUUCAUUGUGGCUCCUCAAAUGGGAUUUGCAUGUUCCUGUCAAGCUUAACAACAGUCCCUUCUCUCUUUGACAGAGGCCCAGGUGGGGAGUUUUUACUAUUUGAUAUUUGAACAUUAUCUGGGAUAUGGUUCUGGAGCUACCCAGAGCUCUGCUCAGUAGAGAGUGUCUUGGAAACAUGCCCCUGGGCAGACUGUAUCUAGUACUCUAGUGGGCUAGCUCUUAUCUGCAGUGUUUGCUUUUGCUAGGAAGAGGACCUGGAGGAAGGAGGAGGUGGGCAAUCUGGCUUGUGUUGUGCUGUAUCCUCUUCCUUGUUAGCUUGCCUUAGUCUCGCUGGAGACCAUUUGCAAACAGUGCUUGGUCCAUGCCCAGCAGGACAGGGCUUUAUUGCUCCUGAAAGUCUGGUGUUCUGUAUCUGGGGCUCUGGGUUCCUGUGCCUAGCUGCUCAGGAAAUCUUGAGAAGCGUUCCCACUCUGGGGUGUUAACCAGGAUGAGUUUGAAAUUCAAGCCUUUUCUUUGUUACCUGAGCUGGGGAGAAAAAAUUGCAAGGCAUACUUUCUCUGAAAGUAACAGAACCAGUCAGGCUGCCAUGUUAUUAAGGAAUCGUUAUCUUGUGGGUGAUAAAAUGGGAGGGAGAAGAAAAACUACCUGCAUAGGGGGCCCUGCCCUCUGUCAGGAGGUGGGAGCACAUUUCCUCAGAAUAGCAGGCCCACCUGUUGCCACAGGGCUUGCCCCCUCACCCCUUCCCCUCUUGCUUCUGUUCCUCUGCCUUGCAAUCUCCUGGAGAGGGCCUCUUUUCCUGUACAGCCUUUGGGCCAAGAUGCCUUUCUAGCUUCUCCAAAGAAGAUCCUAGUUUAUUUCAUUCUAUGUUUUAAAAGUUAAACAGAGGACAUAACAAGUAAAAGAGGUUUUGAGCUAGAGUAGGCUGUUGUCUCCUUAUGUAUUAGCUCAAUACUAUUUUGGAGAGAAAGCAUUUUUUCAGCAUGUACUUCCUGAAGACACCUCAGUCUUUGGGCUGUUUGAUUUGCAAUACAUAGGAUGGAAGAAUGUGAUCUGGGGCUGACCAUAAACUGGAAAUUUGUGAAAUGGCAGUGAUUGGGCAAUUGUCAGUUUAUGUUUUCAGUUGAAGUAGAACUCAUUCUGGGGUGGAUUUAAUAGGCUGUGUCUAAUGUACAAACUGGGUGAGUCCUGCCUUAGCGUGUCCUGCCCCACCGCUAGGUUUCCAGCAUAUUCUUUUUUCCCCUCUGUAAAGUUACUUUCUUCUGAUGCCCAGUGUCACUAUGAUAUCAGUGAGGUUUGGGGGUAAGGACACUGUCCAGAAGUUCACAGGACAGACUUGUUGUCCUAGUGCAUGAGGAUUCCUGUGGCAUAAGGUGCUGCUGUACCUGAUGUAGGAGCCUAAUCAUUGAACCAUGUGUUACUCACAUUCCAUGUCACGGAACAUCUCAGCCUGAAGAAGGAUCUGCUGGAGGUGGAUUUACCGCUUGUUUUACAAAGGACUGUGUAAAGUCAUUGAAGUUGUAAAAGUCUAUUUUUUUUUCCUGUAAAUCUAUUUUUUACAGAAUAUAAGAAACAUCAAUGACCUGAUCUGUCCUUCCUCCUGCUCCCCACUUCACCCAAGAUCCACAUUCCAGUUUUUAUUGUCUUUGUGUCCAAAGUAAACUAGGUGACUUAUUUGUGUAAAAUGUUAUUUUGCCACAAGAGACAGUAAUAAAAGAAAGAUUUUCGCAGUA